UGGCCCUAAGAAUCUUCCAUCCAUAACAAUCGCUUAAGACCAAAUUACAUACUAUAUAAACAUGUCAACCCCCACCACACCACCACUCAUCGUCUCAUUUCAUUUCCACCAUUUUUUUCCCUUCUGUAUCUCUUCCUUUUCCUCACCUACUUACAACAGUAUUCUUGAAUUUCUUGGUUUUUCUCAUAUUUCUAACAUUCUUGAAUCUUGAAUUUCUUGAUAAUAAUUAUCAUGGGAAACUAUGCCUCAUGCAAACUGGCAAAUCCACUACAUAUCAAGAACUCAAAAUCAACAACAAAAGUCAUCUUCCCAACAGGAGAAAUCAAGCAAAUCAACCAACCCACAAAAGCAGCUGAGUUAAUGAUGGAAACACCAAACUUCUUCAUCACCAACUCCAAAACCAUGAAGAUUGGUAAAAGAUUUUGUCCACUAAAUGCAGAUGAUGACCUUCAGAAAGGAGCUGUUUAUAUUAUGUUUCCGAUGCAUAAGAAGAACUCUUUUGUUACAGCAAGUGAUCUUGGUUCUUUAUUUAUGACAGCUAACUCUGCUGUCAAAAGAGUUUCUAGUGGCAGAGUCAGAGUCCUACCUGAUGACACCAAGCUGGUUGACGACGAUGAGGUGGUGGUGCCAAGGCUGAGUUUGGAAGGGAUGGAAGAGGUCUCCAUGCCGGAGUUUAGGCAUAGGAUCUCUAUGUCAAGGUCAAGAAAGCCAUUGUUGGAGACUAUAGAUGAAGAGCCAGUUCGUUCAAGACGAUGACCCAUUCUUAUUCUGUUCCUUUUUCUUUUAGGUUCAGCUUUUCCUUUUAGAAUCAGAAAUGGAGAAAUGUGUUUCUUCCUUUCUUUUUUUUUUCUUUUUUUUCUUUCUGGGUAAAGACCAUGAAAAGAAAAACUAUAAUGAAAUUAUGUAUAUGAAUUUUCUCCCUGGAUAUACAGAAACCUAAAGUGUAAAAAAUCAGUAUCCUUUCCUUUUUCCUGUGUUGAUAUGGGAUUUUUUGGUGAA